AUGUCGUCUGAAGUCGAAGAAAAUGGUCUUCUUCAAGCUGAAAGUGACGACGAACUCGACUGGGAAGAAGUCGAAGUGCCCAUCAACGAAACGGAGCAACCGCAACAUCUUGAAAUAACGCUCGACCGCCAUCCAAAGCAGAAGACGUCGAACAAGAAGAAUGGCAUAUCUCAUGCUGACCGUCUCAUAAGGGUUGACUGUCACAAGAUCCACACGGUCGCUCUUAUUGCGGCUGCUCGUGUGCGGAACAAGUGGAUCAACGAUCCUCUAUUGCAUGCUCGACUAAUCUCCCUCGUCCCACUUCAUUUCCAAAAUGCAUUCGGUGUCAUUCACAAAUCCCGCGUACCAGACCAGAACCAACGUGGUCGAAUGUUCGAGCGAGCUAUCGAUAACCUGGCUCACUGGUGGGCCGAGUCAUUCUUCGAGGUUGUACCGGAGGGUCACAUCCGCAACCAGACAUUCGACGAAGUGCAACGAAAGCUCGAAAUCCGCGGUCUCCACGUCGAAGAUGCGGUGCUGGACGAAGACACGCUUUUCGACAUGGCCGUGGACGACCCGGAGACUAUUAGGAGUGAGAAAAGUCUCAUGAAGCACGCUCUGAUGCAGAGCGGGUCGAGAGACACGAGUGCACAACUGUUCACCUCGUUGUGUCGGGCGUUGGGCAUCCCAGCGCGAUUGGUGGUCAACAUACAGAGUGUUCCCUGGCAGGCGAGCGUCGGAAAGCCGAAGCCGAGGUACGAGAGGAAGCCGAAGCUCAAAGGAAAGGAAGUUGCUGUUGAAGAUCAGGACACGGAAUCCUCUUCGAUGGCGGGGCUGGGGGGCGGACGAAGACUGGAUGGUGGUCCCGUUCCUGAGAUGAGUGAGAAGGCAAAGGGAAAGCAGAAAGCUCAACCAGUCGUCAGGCUCCGGAAGACGAAGAGCAAAGGGAAUGUGCUUGGUGCUCCUCGCAAGCUGAGAUCUCCCGACCCGCUGACGACUCCUCCGGUUAUCUGGACAGAGGUUUUCUCGCGGCCAGAUGCUAAAUGGCUUCCCGUUGACCCAAUUCGUGCAAUCGUCAACAAGCGAAAGAUGUUCGAUCCAGCCCCUCCUGCCGUCAAUGCACCGAGAGCCCCAGCCACGAAGGUCGAGAAUCGAAUGGUCUACGUACUAGCUUUUGAAGAGGACGGCUAUGCUAGAGACGUGACGCGACGAUACGCCAGGGAAUAUGGAGCGAAGGUUGCGAAGGUGCAGGGAGGAAGCAGUGCUCCGAAUGUUGGUGGAGGGGGUAGAGGACGUCAGGCGUGGUGGGACAAGGUGUUGAGCUGCGUCAAGCGACCAUUCCAAUUGCAUCGAGAUGACUUAGAGGAUCAAGAGCUCGAAGCCGCACAGUAUUCCGAGGGCAUGCCAACCACUAUGUCUGGAUUCAAGGACCAUCCAUUAUACGUCCUCGAGCGACAUCUGAAGCAGACAGAGACCAUUCACCCACCGCCACCUAUUACUCCAGAGUUAGGCAAAUUCAGAGGAGAGUCCGUCUAUCCACGUUCGGCGGUUUUCUCGCUCAAGACUUCCGAAAACUGGAUGCGAAGCACAGGCCGCAUGAUCAGGGCUGGCGAGCAGCCCAUGAAGAUGGUCAAAGUGCGAGCUGGCACUGUCAACAAGAUGCGAGAAUUGGAAGUCCUCAAAGACGAGCUCAAGGUUGCUGGAGAAGGUGAUGGUUCUGGCAGCAGUUCAACGGUCGGCGAAAUCUUGCAAGGUCUUUACGCGUAUUCGCAGACCGAACCCUAUAUCCCUGACCCCGUCAUUGAUGGCAAAGUGCCUAAGAAUAACUUUGGGAAUAUCGACCUGUAUGUACCUUCCAUGCUUCCGAAAGGAGCAGCACACAUUCCCUUCAAGGGCGUUGCUAAAAUUGCUCGAAAGCUGGGGUUCGACUUCGCAGAGGCCGUGACUGGAUUCGAGUUCAAGAAGCGCAGAGCCUUUCCCAUUCUCGAGGGCGUGGUGGUGGCAGCUGAGAAUGAAGCAACUCUGCUUGAGGCCUUCUGGGAAGCUGAGCGAGAAGCAGACGAGAAAGCGCGUAUCAAGAAGGAGGAUCGCGUUCUGAAGCAGUGGACACGACUGAUUCAUGGUUUGCGCAUUAGACAGAGGCUGCAGGAGCAGUACGGUUCUGGGAAACAGAGUGGCAAGCAGCAUCGUUCUGGCGCCAGCACGAGCAAAGACGCCAAGGGAGCGCGAGAUCGUCUCGAUGGAUCGAGGGAAAGCUCUCCAGUUGCAGACCCCGAUGACGACCCAUCUGAUUCGGCAGGCGGCUUCCUCGCAGGGGCCGAUAGGGUGGUGGCGGCCUUCCACCUGCCCAAGAACACGCACAUCGUGCUGCCUUCGUCCGCGGAGGCGUCGUCCUUCUCCACGACGCCAUUACGCGAGACGCCGAGAGUCAAGGGAGCAGGUGGCUUGCAUGCUGAAAUGGAAUUGGAAGAAACGGACGAUGAUGAGAGCGAACCACGUGAGGCGCUCGAGCUAGUCACGUACGAUCUCGAGCCUGAGGCGUCCGGGAUGGACGUUGAUGCCCGUUCGGACGCGGACAUGGAGGAAAUGGAGGUCGCGGUUCCGAAGGAUUCCCCUUCUGCGGCAGCUGGGGUGGGCUUCGUGCCAAUGACAAUGCAGCAGAUGGCCGAAGAGGCCGCUGCGAAGCUGGAAGACCAACAGCAGGUCGAAGUUGAGGAAGUCAUUGAGACGGCGGCGCCACAACCUACCGCCUCUACUGGACGGUCUUUGCGUAAUCGGACGCUUCCUGCAUCUGAGCCGACGCCGAAUGCCAAUGUCAGCGUCAGCAGAAGCACGAGAGCAAAAUCGACCUUGGGUGCUGAGACGGGCACGAGCACAAACUCUCAAACUAACGGUACCUCAAGAUCGACACGUUCUGCUCAACCUCGUCGGGCUUCUACUAAACGCACGCCGACGAAGGCUGCUGGAUCGAAACGAAAGCGCUCCACGCCGGCGGCGAAGAAAGGUGGGGCUAGGAAGGGGAGAAAGGCAUCUGGCUACGAAUCUGAUUCGGAGGAGGCGGAGAUGAGCGAGCCUGAGCUUGAGGAUGAAUUCAAUGGCGGCGAUGAUGAAGACGAGGAAGCCCGGCUAGAUGAUUCAGACGCACAAGGCGGGGACUUCGACGUCGACAAGGAACAUCAGCCCUCGCCAAGCAAGCGCGCGCGUCCGCACGCCGCACGAGCUAAAGUGUCAACAGCGGCGACGCCAGCUGCUCCGAGGCCGUCGACUUCUGGGAUGGAUAGGGACGCGUUUCCGGUCAAUUAUUCGCUCUAA